AUGGAGUCCACCAUUGUCUCUAAGGAACAGUUUUCGCGAGGUGGACCCUGGGAAAUGUCAGAUAUCUUGAAACUUCCAAACAUGCAGGAUGUACUUGAGGUCCUUGGCAAAGAGAACACUCAAGCCUAUUUCGAUGAAUAUGUAACGCUUCAUCCAUCCGUUGAGCCUAUAUCAGCCAAGAACAUUCUCCCCCAUGUCCUAGAGAUAGUAGGUGGCACGGAGCCCACCUAUACUAGCUUAUACAAGCGGGCUAGAGAUCCUCCUACUGAUGAGCAUUGGGCUGAAUGUCUUUUUGCAUAUCGCAUGAAGCGGUAUCUGGAGAGUAGAGAGUGCAUGGCCAUCAACUGGAGGUCCACUCUAUUGCAUAAUCCCGAGGAACGGCGGGACAGCCGUGCCAUAGCUUGGGAGAGCCUGAGCCCGAGCCUGGGCAACGGCAACGGCAACGGCAACGGCGACGACAACUAG